AUGCUUCAACACCACCUGCGCCCAGAUCCAAAGGUCCCCGCGGGGCCCUCGCAGGGUGUGGCGAAGCCGCCGCUGCCGCAACCGUCCACGGCCCGCUCGCGUAGGGGCGAGCAAACAGUGACGCAGAGUAGCGUGCGCAGUGAAACGCGAAGCCUCAGCCCGCCGCGCGCGCUAAUAGGCACGAGCGCAACCUACAAGGAAACCGCGAUACUCUUUCCGGACGCACACCAGGAGGCGUUUGAGCCAAAGGUGCAGGUGCCGUUUGAGCACCAACGCGGCCGCAUCCCGCGUAAAAUUGAAAUUGAGCGCCGACGCCGACAGUACGAGUUCUAUGACGUGAAUCACCUCGUGGAGGUUGCUGGCUUGACACUGAAGCAACUCGCCAAUACAAAUGCCCAGGAGCUUCCACUGCAGGUGUUUGACGAUACUUCGUAUGACUGCCGCAACCCCGCGGAGUGGAUGGAGAUCGCGGGUCAUAAUGACAAUGGGCGCGGCCGCUACCUUCCCGCGGAAGGGAUCUAUGAGCACAGAAACGGUGACUUUCGUAUGCGGCCCUGCCGUGUCGUUGCGUGGGACGCUGUGAGGAACGAGGUUUCAGUAUUGUGGGGCGCGACGGCUGUCCCAGGUGAGGAGCCACUUGUAGUGCCGCGUUUCUUUGUUCGCCUUCUUGCGGAGGACCCCGUUGUGUACGUGCAGCGACUCGUCAAUGCGCAGCAGCAGCGAGAGAAGGCGAUGGCAUGGAUUCGCUAUCGCCUCUGCUGCGAUGCUAUGCCGACGGUGAGACUGAGCGGCCUUGACAGAGGCCUGAGUGCCCGUUUGCGCCAACUUGGUACUGGCAUUCCAAACUUGAGCAAAACCGUCUUUCCUGACGUUGAGGAGCGUGCCGAGCGGCUCAUUGCGGAGUUAACGCUGGAGUGGCAGCGCAGCCACAACCGAAUUCUCCUACAGGACCGCAUGCAGCGUGACGAGGUGCUGCUGCGCAUGGUUGCUAACGCUACGCAGAUGAGUCUACAGGAACUUGUGCGUGGGCCGAAUGUAGCAAUUCAGCGGACGGAAAAGGGGAACCCAAGCUCCGUGAUACCCAUCGGGGACUUUGAUUUUGAGGAGCGCGAGCGAUCCUUUACGUUCUCCACAUACUACACCCAGCCGGAGGUGGUAACUGCGUUGACAGGGGUGCGGAGUGAAUGUAUAAAAGUUCUCGAGGGUAGUCUCUUCAGCCUUCCAAAGGCUCGCCAAAUGCAACUUGCUGAGUUUCAAAAAAUGCAGCAAGACCACAUGUCCGCAAUGGCCAAAUACCUCAAGGGUGAGUGGACGGACAACAUCUGCGAUGUGAUCAAGAAUGGCUUCACAUCUGCUGGAAAAGGCUGGCUGAACGUGCAUGAAUCAAAACAAGACAUCUACGAAAUGUCGAAGCUGAAAAAAUUCUUCACCACAGUAAAGUUCAUGAUGGAAGACACGCUGUUCGAACUCGUCUACACCUCUUUGGGUAACUUCACCGUCUUCUUUGAGGAGGUUUCGGAGUUCACUGUUAAUGUUGUUGACAUGAACAAUGUUGAAAACAAAUGGCCUGGCAGUGAUGCUGAUGAUUGUGUAGAAAAACAGCCGCUCUUCACCAUUGGCCUUGCAGAGCUGGACGGGAGCUUCACGUACUCUAUCUCCUUUGAAGACUUCGAGAAAACUAUUGUGCAACUCUUCAACAGUGCUAUCUUCUGUACUGAGGCUAUACCUCAGGUGGAGAAGUAUGUCAUGUCGCAGUACUUCUGGCGGCGAGACGGUGAAGGACCCUUCCUCGACUCCGUGAAGCAGGAAGAAGAGCGGGUGGUGCUGCUGCGAGGUCGCGUGCGUGACGCGCUGCAGAAGUCCAUGCAACCACUACGUGACUAUCUGAAAACGUACGAUGACCUCUUGUCACUGGUGCGGCUCGACAGGAAGGACUUCAUUGCCGCCUACGCGGAGGAAGAGCACACUACCGAGGAGAUGAAGGAAGAAAUACGACGGCACCUCAAGGCAAAGAAAGUAGUGGCUCAAAAGCUUCCAGCGUACAUUACUGUUGGAAAUUACGUUGUUGACUGUCAGUCGUUUGGCCACAUCAUGGCAAACAAGGAGCAGGAUCUCGCAAAGCUCGUCAUGAACCUAAUAUGCAAGAUGGCCAAAACCAAAACAACAUACAUUCGGGACGAGUUUACAAAAAUUGUGCGUACGCUGGAAAAACAGCCGCAGAACCCGGAAAAACUGUACGAGCUGAAGAACUUCAUCGUAAAUACACCAGAACGCAUCGUCGAACUUUCCGUCGAAAUUGAAGACAUGCGACAGUAUUACACGAUUCUCGAAGGCUUCCAGUAUGAAUUGAGCGACGAUGAAUCGCGGCAGAAGUGGGAAGCAAUUGCGUGGCCGCGUCAGCUGACUCUCCGCAUACAGGACACCAACAAGCAGCUCGAGAGGGUGGAGGAAGAGUUGCAUGCACGUCUGCAGAAGGAGGGCGAGGACUUCAGCAAGAAAUUCGACGCCCUACAGCGUGUCGUGGCCACAUUCUCAAAGUACACUGACGUCUCGGAGGCGGAAAGAGUUGCUGCAGAAGUCAAGAUGAAUAGUGUCGAGAUUCGCAAGCGCAUCGAAGAGGCGCGCUCUAUCAACAGCGAUCAACGGCUGUUUGGUGAUAAACUCACCGAUUACCGGAACGUGUUCGAGCUCGAGAAGGAGUUCAAACCAUACAGUGACUUAUGGUUGACGGCAUACCAGUGGCAGGAUGGCUACCGCCGCUGGCACAAUGACCCAUUUGACUCUCUUGACCCCGACGAGAUUGAAUCGGUUGUGCUGAACGCUUUCAAAACCAUGACACAGCUCGCCAAGACUUUCAAGGAUAAAAACGCUACGUUGAAAAUUGUGGAGGAUAUUCGUGGUAGAGUGGAGGAGUUUAAGCCGUGGGUGCCAGUCGUGACAUCACUGCGUCAACCUGGUAUGAAGGAAAGACACUGGAAGGGCCUUUCGGAAAAGUUGGGUAUGAACCUCGUGCCUGGUGAGACCAUAAUGCUGCUCAGCGACAUUGAGCCUCUCUUGGAGCAUAAAGACCUCAUCGUGGCCCACUGCGAGGUCGCCGGAAAGGAGGCACAGAUUGAGAAGACCCUCAAAGACAUGCGCGCCAAGUGGGAGAGCAGGAUGUUUAUUAUUGAACCGUACAAGGCGACCGGCACGUUUAUACUUAAGGACGCCACAGAAAUUGUGGAACUCCUUGAUGAGCACCUCAAUCUAACCCAGCAGCUCCAGUUUUCACCCUUCAAGGCCUUUUACGAAGAGGCCAUCACCGAUUGGGAACGCUCGCUCAACCUCAUUUCCGAUAUCCUCGAACAGUGGUUGGAAUUCCAACGCUCAUGGCGGUACCUGGAGCCUAUCUUCAAUUCGGAGGACAUUGCACUGCAGCUGCCGCGCCUCUCGAAGUUGUUUGAGCGUAUAGACAAGACAUGGCGCCGCAUUAUGGGGACUGUCCAUAGCCAGCCAAACGUCUUGGAUUUCUGCAUCGGGACGAGCAAGCUACUAGAAAGUUUGCGGGAGGCUAAUCGUACCCUGGAAGAAGUUCAGCGUGGCCUCAAUGACUAUCUGGCGGAGAAGCGUCAGGCCUUCCCACGCUUCUACUUCCUGUCAGAUGAGGAGCUGCUUGAGAUUCUCUCGCAAUCCAAGGAGGUAAGGCGCAUCGACACACACAUAAGUAAGCUCUUCGAGUUCAUUAGCCGGCUGGCGUGGACGGAGCACGACGAAAUCAAUGGUUUCUUCAGUGGUGAAGGAGAACACGUGCCAUGUGUAAAACCCCUCUUGCCUGAGGGCAACGUGGAGUUGUGGCUGCGCUCCGUCGAGUCGAUGAUGAAGGAUGCGGUGCACGACCAAGUGAAGAAGGCGUUCUAUGACUACCCCAUCACACCGCGGCCACGAUGGGUUUUGCGCUGGCCUGCACAGUGCAUCAUUGCCGUGUCACAGAUAUUUUGGACCAACGGAUGCGAAGAGGGAUUGACGAAGGAAAAGAACGUGAGUGCAUUCUACAAAGUGCUCGAGCACCAGCUGGAUGAACUUGUGGAAGUUGUGCAGUCGCCUCUGAAGCCGCGUGAACGCAUUAACAUGGGUGCCCUCAUUACAGUAGAAGUCCACGCAAAAGACACUGUGGAUGCGAUGCAGCAUCAUGGCGUCGAUUCCGUGCACUCUUUUGACUGGAUUAAACAGCUACGCUUCUACUUUGAUUCUGAAGACAAGCUCUGCCACAUCAAGCAGGUGGACGCGCACUUUGUGUAUGGGGGCGAGUACCUUGGCAACACGGGUCGCCUCGUCGUGACGCCACUCACUGAUCGCAUUUAUCUUACCCUCACAGGGGCGUUGGCGUUGUGCCUUGGUGGUGCUCCUGCAGGACCUGCAGGUACGGGAAAGACGGAGACGACAAAGGACUUGGCCAAGGCUCUCGCAAAGCAGUGCGUCGUGUUCAAUUGUCAGGAAGGUAUGACGUGUCUCUCAAUGGCGAAGUUCUUCAAGGGUCUCGCGUGGUCUGGUGCGUGGGCGUGCUUUGAUGAGUUUAACCGUAUUGAUGUGGAGGUGCUCUCUGUGGUUGCGCAGCAGGUGACAGACCUGCAGCAGGCGUGCUUGACGAAACAAUACCGCAUUAUCUUUGAGGAAAGCGAAGUGGUUGUUGACCCGACACAUGCAGUCUUUAUCACCAUGAAUCCUGGCUAUGCAGGCCGUACAGAGCUGCCAGAUAACUUGAAGGUUCUGUUCCGCCCCGUGGCGUGCAUGGUGCCGGAUUACGCCAUGAUUGGCGAAAUUCGUUUAUUCUCUUACGGUUACAAGAAGGCCCGCAGUCUGGCGCAGAAGAUGGUGAUGACAUUUAAGUUGAGCUCCGAGCAGCUCUCUUCACAGGAUCACUACGAUUUUGGUAUGCGUGCCGUGAAUACUGUCAUCUCCGCCGCUGGGCUGAACAAACGGGAGGAUCCCAAUGGUGACGAGGACCUUCUGCUGCUGCGCGCCCUACGUGAUUCCAACUUGCCCAAGUUUCUUCAGGAUGACAUUGUCCUUUUCGAGGGAAUCAUCAGCGACCUGUUCCCUGGUACAAAACUCCCAUCCACUGAAUAUGGCUUUGUUGUGGAUGCACUUCGCCAAGUUGUCACAGCGGACAAGUUGCAACCCGUCCCCGCCUUUAUUCAUAAAUGCCUGCAGCUUUAUGACAUCACGACGCUACGACACGGUUUAAUGUUGGUCGGACCCGCUGGAAGUGGGAAAACAAUGGCGUACACAGCACUCCAGAAUGCUCUUUCGGAAUGCGCAAUUAUGCAGAGUAAAGGCAAAGAUGUCGGUGUGAGGGAAUAUAUGAAGGUCUACACACACAUCUGCAACCCGAAGGCUGUCACCAUGGAUCAACUCUAUGGUGCCUACGACGAGAACGCUGAGUGGAAAGACGGUAUUUUGUGUGUCCUCUUCCGCCGCGCUGCCAAGUACGGCGAUGAAGGGAAUCAGCAAGGCAAGCAUUGGGUUAUGUUUGACGGCCCUGUUGACGCCCUCUGGAUUGAAUCUAUGAACACUGUGCUGGAUGAUAACAAGAAGCUCUGCCUUGUGUCCGGUGAAAUUAUUCAAAUGAGCCGUGACAUGACGAUGAUGUUCGAAGUGGAAGACCUCGCUGUCGCGUCCCCUGCCACCGUGUCCCGUUGCGGUAUGAUUUACAUGGAGCCAAAGACGUGCGUUCCUACACACGCUAGCGCCGCUACGUGGGCUGACUUGCUUCCGAACUAUGUGGCGUCACAGCGUGAAUGCAUUGUGGAUUUGAUCGGCAUUUACGUAGAUGAGCUUAUUGAAUUUGUGCGGGGCAACUUAAAGGAGUAUGUACCCUCAACGAAUAUUGGUCUCGUGCACUCCUUCUUCCGCCUGAUGGAUGGAUACAUGCAGUCUUUUGCGGGACCCAAACCGCAGCCAGGGCAGCCACUGCUGAGCCCAGAGCGUACAGAGAUUCUUGUGAAGUGUGUCACGCCGCUGUUUUUCAUGUCCGUCAUCUGGAGCAUCGGCGCCACCUGUGAUGAGAGUGGACGUGAAAUGUUUAGCGAGAUGCUACGUUCAAUGGCAAAAAAGAACAACCAUGCAGAUUCUAUUCCUGAGGAUGGGAUUCUGUACGAUUACUGCUUCAUGUAUGCUGCGUCACCCGAGGACGAGGUGGAUCCGCAUUGGGUGCACUGGGAAGAGUUGUGUGAGACCUGCGAGAUUGGGCGCACCACAAAAUUUGAGGACGUCAUGGUGCCCACCAUUGACAACACACGACAAAAGUACGUGCUGCAGCACUUACUUCAGCAAAGAGUGAAUGUUGUGGCGGUGGGCCCUACUGGCACCGGCAAGACGGUCUCCGUGAGCGAUCUUGUGCUUGGGGGUCUGCCACAACGUUUCCUUGGUCUUACCUUUACCUUCUCACCACAGACAAAGGCUGGUGUGCUGCAGGACUCGCUUAUGUCCAAGUUUGACAAGCGUCGAUCUCAUGUGUAUGGCGCUCCCGUUGGUAAACACUUUUUGAUCUUUAUUGAUGAUGCAAACUUGCCACAGAAGGAGCGCUACGGUGCGCAACCACCACUGGAGCUGUUGCGCCAGAUGCUGGGUCAUGGUGGCCUCUUCACCUUCACGGGUGGGAUUAAGUGGAAUUCCAUCAUUGAUGCCUCUUUUGUGAUGGCAAUGGGUCCGCCUGGAGGAAGCCGCACGCGAGUGUCAAACCGUCUAAUGCGGUAUUUCAACUACGUGUCAUUCCCGGAGAUGUCAGAGGUGUCGAAGCGCACUAUUCUCAAUACUAUAGUCAAUGGUGGUCUGCGUCAGCGUGGUGUGCGGGAGGAGAUCAUUGGGUGUGUAAAACAAUUGGUGGAUGGUACACUAAGUGUCUUUGGGCGCUGCCGAAAAACCUUCCUGCCAACGCCGUCCCACGUUCAUUACUCCUUCAACAUGCGCGAUGUAAUGCGAGUAUUCCCUAUGAUCUAUGCCAAUAAUGCCAAGGGCUUGCCAAACCAAGAGGUGCUGGUAAAACAGUGGAUGCAUGAGAUGCAACGCGUCUUCUACGAUCGUCUCAUAUGUACAGACGACAGGAAUAAGUUCAUCUCCUUCCUUGAUGAUGAGAUCAAACAGAUUGGUUACGAAGGUGGCUACAAUGCCUUGGUGCCGGAGGGACGACUCAUCUUUGGCGACUUUAUGUCAACUGGUGAGCGAAGUUACCAGCAGAUCAGUGACAUGACAGCACUUGCUGCCUUUUUCAAUGAUCAGCUGAGUGCCUACAACGAUGCCAACGAGACCGCUAUGGACCUCGUGCUCUUCCUCGAUGCUAUAGAGCACGUUUGCCGCAUUGCCCGCGUGCUGUGUUUGCCAAACGGUCAUUGUCUGUUGUUAGGAAUUGGUGGCUCUGGCAGGAAAUCGUUGACGCGGCUUGCGUGUUACCUCAUACCCGAGAUGGACGUCUUUACCAUUGAGUUUACCAAGAACUUCGGUGUGAAGGAAUGGCAUGAAGCAUUGGCACGUUUGUUGCUCGACUGUGGUAAGAAUGACAAGAAACGCACGUUCCUCUUCUCUGACACACAGCUGAUCCACCCGACACUCAUGGAGGAUGUUGCGGCGCUCUUAACCUCCGGCGAUGUCCCUAAUUUGUUUGAGGAACAGGAUAUUGAGCUCAUCAAUGACAAGUUUAAGGGCGUCUGCAUAAGUGAGAACCUACCAACGACGAAGGUAUCGGUAUACGCGCGGUUCAUUAAGGAGGUACGCUCGAAUCUCCACAUUGUGUUGGCAUUUUCACCCAUUGGCGAAGUCUUCCGAACACGGCUGCGCAUGUUUCCAGCGUUGAUUACAUGUUGUACAAUUGACUGGUUUGCUGAAUGGCCUGGCGAGGCGCUCCUCUCUGUUUCUAAGGCUCAGCUGUCAAGCUCUACCCUCAGCAUCGGCGAUGAGGAGAUGGAAGGCCUCUCUGAGUGUUUCAAGUCACUCCAUUUGUCUGCGGCGGAGACGACAGAACGUUUCUUUGUGGAGACACGCCGCCGGUCAUACGUGACGCCGACGUCGUACCUCUCCCUUCUCAACAACUACACAACACUCGUGAAGAACAGGAAGCGUUUCGUGCAGGAGCAGUGUAGUCGUCUAGAGAAUGGUUUAGAGAAGCUCCGUGACACGGAAGAGCGUGUUGUGCAACUUGAAGCACAACUGAAGGAGCAACAACCGGUAUUGGAGGAAAAGAAGAUUGAAAUUCAAAAUAUUAUGGAGCGACUGCGAGUAGACCGUAAAGAUGCUGCUGAUAAAGAGGUUUCAGCGCGCCAGGAGGAAGCUAUGGCAACAGCGAAGGCAGAGGAGUGCUCCAAGAUGCGUCGUGAGUGCGCCGACCGCCUCGCGGAAGCCGAGCCAGCACUGCAAGAGGCCGUCAAGGUGCUGUCAAAGAUCAAGGCGGCGGAGAUCUCGGAGCUGAACAAGUACCAAAACCCACCAAAGGGUGUGCAGUAUGUCAUGGAGGCUGUUGCACUGCUGCUAACCUUCGGUAAUUGCCCGAAGGAGUUCUAUAGCGGUCCGCCAGGUGGUAAGAAGGUGCCUGACUGGUGGCAGUGCGCUAAAUCUUAUAUGAAAAACGCCAAUCAACUUCUCGACACGUUGGUGCAGCCCCCAGGGAAGGGCGGAUUUGACCGAGAAGCGAUGGAUAUGCCACUCAUCGAAAAGGUGCGCGCGUACUACGACAACGAAGAGUUCCAGCCGGAGAAGGUGCGAACAGUGUCAGUGCCAUGCAUGGCCAUGUGUCAGUGGGUACGGGCGAUGUACAAAUGGUUUUUUGUGAACCGAGAAAUCCAACCGUUGCGUGAGCGGCUCGCCGAGGCAGAAAGCGAAUUGCGGCGUGUCAGCGAGGCCCUAGCUGGAACACGCAUGCGCCUCGACGCCGUGAUUGAGGCCGUCGCAACGCUCGAGCGGGAGUUUGCCGAGGCUGUGGAGACGCAAACACAGCUAGAGAACGAGGUGGAGCGGACGAGCCAAAAACUGCAGCGUGCCGCCCGCCUCAUCGCAGGGCUAGGCGGCGAGAAGGUGCGUUGGACGGAGCUCGUCACGCAGUACAGGGCGCAAGAAACAUGCGUGUCAGGUGAUAUGGUGGUGGCAGCCGCGUCGAUUUCAUACCUUGGCCCUCUCACUGGGCCGUACCGGAAAGAUCUGCUGGAAUCGUGGAGAAUCAUUCUUGCAGACAUCGGCAUCAAGACGAGUGAGCAUGUGGAUCUCGUAUCAACGACGGGAGAACCUGUGAAAAUACAGGAGUGGCAGCUUUGUGGGCUGCCGCAGGAUCAUCUGUCAACCGAAAACGCCAUUAUCCUCACUAACGCAUGCACAUGGCCGCUGUUGAUUGAUCCACAAGGUCAGGCCAAUAUGUGGAUUCGAAACCUCCACAGGGAUGAUAAUCUGCAAGUAUGCAAGGCAUCCGAUGAGAAAUUCAUGAAGGUGGUGGAGGGCGCCAUUCGUCUUGGUCUCCCAUGCCUGCUGGAGAAUGUGGGCGAGACGCUUGAACCAUCACUAGAGCCUAUUCUGUUGCGCAACGUGUUCCUCAUUGGUAGCACCCCACACAUCCGUGUCGGCGACGCUGCUAUACCGUACGACAAGAAUUUCAAGCUAUACAUGACGACGAAGCUGCCAAAUCCUUCAUACACGCCAGAGACAAUUGUGACUGUGUCCCUCCUAAACUUCUUCAUUACACGGAGUGGACUAGAAGACCAGCUCCUUGGGAAGACGGUGGAAAAGGAGCGCAGCGAUCUGGAGCAGGAGAAGCAAAAACUCACUCGCGACUGCGCGGAAAAGAAUCGGGAUUUGAAGGAAAUGCAGGAGAACAUUCUGCGCAUGCUGGAAGAGGCGGAGGGUGACAUCCUCGAUCAGGAGGAGCUCAUUGAGGCGCUUGAAAAGAGCAAAGCCAAAUCAACAGAGAUUAAGCAUGACCUCCAACGUGCACAAGAGACGGAGAAGACGAUCGACGAAACACGUAAUAAGUACCGCCCACACGCGUACCGCGGGGCGCUUCUUUUCUUUUGCGUAUCGGAGCUCGCCAUGGUGGACCCCAUGUACCAGUUCUCUCUUCAGUGGUUUAUUAACCUCGUGCUGGCGGCUGUCGACAACACGGAAACUGCGGACGACAUUGAGGUUCGGGUCGCGAACUUGACGGAGUAUUUCACAUACUCCUUCUACACCAACGUAUGCCGCUCGCUGUUUGAGCGACACAAGCUGACUUUCUCCUUCUACCUCUGCACGUCCAUCCUGCAGCAGGACAGCGGCCUCAACAACGAGGAGUAUCGCUACCUGUUGACGGGACCGACGGGGCGGGGUGGCAGCGCACCAAACCCUGCACCGGAGUGGCUCACAGAAAACUCAUGGAACGAGAUUCAGUUCGUCGGUGCCAACCUCCCCAAUUUUACAGGCUUCGCUGGGCACGUGGCCGCUAACAUUUCACACUACAAAUUGCUCUUCGAUAGUCAAACUGCCCACAAGCAUGCUCUGGCGGGCGAAUGGUCAGGAAAAGAAACGAACCUGCAGCGCCUCAUCGUUACUCGUUGCUUCCGCAAGGACAAGGUGGCGCCGGCGAUCCAGGAUUUCGUGACACACUUCAUGGGGGAGCGGUUUAUCAUUGUGCCACAAUUCGACCUAUUGGAUGCCUACAAGGACAGCACGUGCCUCACACCACUGAUCUUUAUCAUUUCACCCGGAUCCGAUCCUAUGAAUGAUCUUCUUCGCUUUGCUGAGCAGAUGCGUAUGGCGAAGAAAAUGGACAAAGUUUCACUCGGACAGGGUCAGGGUCGAAAGGCGGAGGAAUUACUGAGAAACGGACGAGAGCGUGGCCAAUGGGUCCUCCUGCAGAACUGUCAUCUUGCGACUUCGUGGAUGCCGACACUUGAGGCUAUUGUGGAGAGCUUCACAUUUGAGACAGUGCGGAAGGAAUUCCGCUUGUGGCUCACAUCUAUGCCGUCCGAGUCAUUCCCUGUGGCGGUCCUGCAGAUAUCUGUCAAGAUGACGAAUGAACCGCCGAUGGGACUUCGCGCCAACGUGACGCGGUCGUAUUACGGUAUGGGCGAUGAGGAUCUCGACCACUCUAGCAAGCCACGAGAGUUCAAAGAAAUGGUAUUUGCCCUUUGCCUCUUCCACGGUGUUAUUCAGGAGCGGCGAAAGUUUGGUUCACUGGGAUUUAAUAUCGCCUAUGAAUUCAAUGACUCGGACCGCAACGUGUGCCUCCUUCAGCUGCGUAAGUUCAUGAGCUUAUAUGAUGAAGUCCCCUUUGAUGUGCUGACGUUCCUCACAGGUGAGAUUAACUAUGGUGGUCGUGUGACUGAUGACUGGGACCGACGCUGUUUGAUGGCUCUCAUCAAGAAUUUUAUUUGCCCUGAGGUCCUGGGGGAAGGUUACGCCUUCUCUCCCUCCGGCAUUUACCGCACCAUUGAGCCAUGUAACCGUGCGUAUUAUCUGGACUACCUCAAUUCAUGGCCUCUGAACCCAGCGCCAGAAGUUUUUGGUCUCCAUGACAAUGCCGACAUCACCUGCGCACAGAACGAGAGUGCCAGCAUCUUGGCCACCAUCCUCUCUCUCGUGUCGCGCGAGGAAUCUGGGUCAUCGCACCACAGUCGUGAGGAGAUGCUUACGAGGACGGCACAAGGUAUUCAGGAGAAGCUACCACAUACGUUCAACAUUCAGGAGUUCUCCGCGAAAUACCCUACACGGUACGAAGAGUCUAUGAACACCGUCCUUGUACAAGAAGCAGUGCGUUACAAUCGUCUUCUUCGCUUUGUUCAGACAAGUCUUUCAGAGUUUUCCAAAGCUGUGCGGGGCGAGGUUGUCAUGUCAGCGGAGCUGGAGGCGGUCGGAUCGAGUUUCUUUAUUAAUGCUGUUCCCGCGUCGUGGUCCGCGCUGGCGUACCCGUCGCUGAAACCGCUCUCAAGCUGGGUCGACGACCUGGUGAAACGAGUUCAGUUUAUUCAGAUGUGGUACGACGAGGGCGUACCGAAUGCCUUUUGGAUGGGCGGAUUCUUCUUCCCCCAAGCGUUCCUCACCGGCACGCUGCAGAANACGACGAGGGCGUACCGAAUGCCUUUUGGAUGGGCGGAUUCUUCUUCCCCCAAGCGUUCCUCACCGGCACGCUGCAGAACUACGCGCGUCGCACCAGCGUCGCGAUUGACUCCGUCUCGUUCCGCUUCACGCUGCUAG